AUGAAGAAGUUCAACAUUCGUAAGGUGCUGGAUGGCUUGACGGCGGCUUCCUCCUCGUCAUCUUCGCCUGCCGCUCAAGUGGGGGCCGCCAAGGAGAACGACGCCGUCCCGGAGACCCUGCAGUCGGAACAUUUUCAGCUUUGCAAGACCGUGCGUCAUGGUUUCCCAUAUCAGCCGUCCUCCAUGGCCUUCGACCCUGUGCAGAAGAUCUUGGCCGUUGGGACGCAAAACGGAGCUUUGAGGCUUUUUGGACGUGCAGGCGUUGAAUGCUUUUGCCAACAUGAGAGUGGUGCCGCCGUCAUCCAGCUACAGUUCCUCAUCAACGAGGGGGCGCUAGUGAGUGCCUUAGCUGAUGACAGCAUCCAUCUGUGGAACUUGCGGCAAAAGAUUCCUGCCAUCUUGCAUUCGCUCAAGUUCAACAGGGAGAGAAUCACGUACUGUCACCUGCCCUUCCAGAGCAAGUGGCUCUACAUAGGCACGGAAAGAGGCAACAUCCACAUUGUCAACGUGGAAUCCUUCACCCUCUCAGGCUAUGUCAUCAUGUGGAACAAAGCCAUCGAACUAUCCACCAAGACACACCCAGGGCCAGUAGUGCACAUCAGUGAUAACCCCAUGGACGAAGGAAAGCUCCUCAUUGGAUUUGAGUGUGGCGUGGUGGUGUUGUGGGACCUGAAGUCCAAAAAAGCUGACUACCGCUACAAUUAUGAUGAGGCCAUCCACUCGGUAGCAUGGCACCACGAGGGUAAACAGUUUGUCUGCAGUCAUUCAGAUGGCACUCUGACCAUGUGGAACAUCCGAACCCCUGCCAAGCCAGCACAGAUCAUCACGCCGCACGGAAAGCAGCCUAAGGAUGGCAAGAAGCCAGAGCCGUGCAAGCCUAUCCUGAAGGUGGAAUACAAAAGCACACGGGCGGGUGACUCAUUCAUGGUUCUGUCUGGCGGUCUGUCCUAUGACACUGUGGGUCGGAGAGCCUGUCUGACGGUGAUGCACGGGAAAAGCACCGCCGUCCUGGAGAUGGACUUCCCCAUCGUGGAUUUCCUUACACUGUGCGAAACGCCAUAUCCCAACGAUUUUCAGGAACCUUACGCUGUUGUAGUCCUCCUGGAGAGGGAUCUAGUUGUCAUAGACCUGGGACAGAUUGGGUACCCGAUAUUCGAGAACCCCUAUCCUCUAAGUAUCCAUGAGUCACCAGUGACCUGCUGCGAAUACUUUGCCGAUUGUCCGGCGGAACUCAUUCCCGCGCUUUACUCAGUGGGCAGCCGGCAGAAGAGGCAGGGCUACAGCAAGAAGGAUUGGCCUGUCAGCGGGGGCAACUGGGGCCAAGGCACACAAAGUUACCCAGAGAUCAUCAUCACUGGGCACGCUGAUGGCUCCGUCAAAUUUUGGGACGCAUCUGCAUUGAUGCUUCAAGUACUCUAUAAGCUAAAGACAGCCAAGGUGUUUGAGAGGGCCCGCGGCAAGGAAGAAAAGGCCAAUACUGACAUUGUGGACGAGGACCCCUUCGCCAUCCAGACGCUGUGCUGGUGCCCUGAAAGCAGGAUGUUGUGUGUGGCCGGUGUGUCUGCGCAUGUCAUCGUCUACCGCUUCAGUAAGCAGGAAACGACAGCUGAAGUGCAGCCACUUUUAGAGGUGCGUAUGCAGUGCGAUUUGAGCGACGUUGAGUCGCCCGACACUGCCGGGGACCAGACUCCGACGCGGCAUUCCCCGGUAAAUGAAAGUCCCCAGGAGGCCGAGCCCCCCGCUGUCGCUUCCACUCAGUCCGCAGCCGGCGGAAACAACAGCAACUCUUCAGCUGAUGGGCCACGAGACAACAUACCUUGCCUGCAGGUGCGCAGUUCCCCUUUGAAGCAGUCCCCGGGCUACCAGGUGGAGCUGCUGGUCCAGCUGGUGUGGGUGAGCGGUGAGCCGCCUCAGCAGAUCACAAGCUUGGCCAUUAACUCCUCAUACGGACUAGUGGUGUUUGGCAAUAGCAAUGGCCUGGCGGUGGUGGACUACCUCCAGAAAACACUGUUGCUCAACCUGGGUACAUCACAGCUGUACAGCCCGUCGGAGCCAUCCCAGAGGCAGCCUUGCUCCCCGCGCAAAACCCGCCAGCCCUCCGGAGUUCUGUGUGAUUCUACUGACGGGCCCAGUGCGGCAGAGGAACGCUGCAAGUCGCCCAACUCAGGGUCCACUUCGCCCUGUAAUUCUGAUGACGAUCGCAAGGCCAAGUUCAUAGAAAAGGUGAAGUACAAAAGCAGACGCUUUUCCAAGACUGUUGCCAAUGACUUUGCUAGGAUGUCACGGAAAAUAAGCUCAUGUAAUGAGCAAAAGCCAAACCCGGAUUCCAAGGACAACUCGUUCAGCCGCUCGCGCAGUUCGAGCGUGACCAGCAUUGACAGAGAGUCCCGUGAUGCCGUCUGCGCUUUCUGCUUCUGCGAGACCUUCCCCAGGAAAUCAACGGACGGCACAACCAGCCCCUGCAUGCUGGUAGGCACAACUCAGGGCUCAGUCAUAUUGGUGGCCCUCAGCCUGCCACAUGGUGAUGACCAAAGGCUCCUGCAGCCAAUCGGGAUCUCCUCUUGUGGUACCGUGGCCAGACUCAAAGGAGGCAUCUUAACAAUGGCAUUGCUGGACGCCAGCGGAUCUCUGCUGUCCGCCUCCCACGAGCCCUGGUACGAUCCCAACUCCUCGGAUGAAGAGAAGGAGAAGGAAAAGAGCAGGUGGCGCAGGCCGGCUUCGCCGCCCUCGUGGCAGGAAGGCCAGGACUCCCAGUUUGCCGUGCUGUGCUCGGAGAAGCAGGCCAAAGUGUUGGCCAUGCCAUCCCAGACGCGUGUCUACAAACACAACAUCACAGAGUCGUCCUUUGUGCUGAGGGCCGACGUUGUGUGCAUGGCUGGAACCAACUGCAUCGCUUGCUUCUGUGCCAACGGACACAUAAUGACCCUCAGCUUGCCGAGUCUUCGGCCCCUGGUUGACGUUAACUACCUGCCGCUCACGGACAUGCGGAUCGCACGAACAUUCUGCUUCUCCAAUCUGGGUCAGGCUCUCUACCUCACCUCCCCCACAGAGGUGCAGAGGAUCACAUACAGCCAAGAAACUUGCGACAACCUACAGGAGAUGCUGAGUGAGUUGUUCACACCAGUGGAGACUCCAGAGGCUCCCAACAGAGGGUUCUUUAAAGGCCUCUUUGGAGGAGGAGCUCAGUCGCUAGAUCGAGAGGAUCUCUUUGGCGAAACAGCGUCUGGGAAGGCUUCCCGAAGUCUGGCCCAGCACAUCCCCGGUCCGGGAAACAUGGAGGGCAUGAAGGGCGCAGCAUCUGGUGUGGUGGGCGAUCUGGCCCGGGCGCGGAUUGCUCUGGACGAGCGAGGGCAGAAGCUUGGCGAGCUGGAGGAAAGAACAGCCGCCAUGAUGGCCAGCGCUGACUCAUUUUCCAAGCACGCGCAUGACAUGAUGCUGAAAUAUAAAGACAAGAAGUGGUACCAGCUCUGA